UAAUUAAUGGAAAAUUUUAAAUGAAAAUUAUGAUGAAAAAAUAUAAAAAAAAUUUAAUAUAUUAUUUUUUAAUAAUAGUUGUGAAAUAUAUUGAAUUGGUUGAUGCUGAUAGCUACCAAAUAUUUAGUCUUAACCAUCAUAUAGGUCCAGCAGAUACUGUAAUACGUAGAGCAGUACGACCUUUGUCGCUACCAUUUAAGCAAUACGAUAUAACGGAAGUAUUCUCCGAUCAAGUUCCACGUCUCGUUAAUGAAUUUGAUAUUCCUUAUUAUAAUUUUCAAGAUAACAACAAUUAUGUAAUCGAUGCAACUGAACACUUUCAAGAUGGAAUAAUGAAAAACCACAGUUUUGAUAGUGCUUUUAGAGUUAAAAAGCAUAAUGAUUAUGAGGUAGAUCCAAAUCCUUGGAAUUUAAUCAAUCUUGACGAUACUAGAAAUGGUCACCGAAUCUGCUUUAAAGUAAUUCCACCAACAAAAUCAAUUGAAGUUGAGCAAAUGAAUAAUGGUGAAUCAUCAAAAAUGGUAUUUCAAAUUCCUGAGAUUUUUGAUGGAGACUGGCAUGAUCUGAAAUACAAUUUAAAAAACAACCGAAUAUCAAUUUUUAUUGAUUGUCAAAACAUGAACGCUGACGAAAAUUUCCCCACUGAAAAUACAGAAAUAAAUUCUUUACAAUAUGGGAAUAGAGUAGAUUUAACAUUAAUUCAAACUGAAAAUCAACAAGAUGUGGACAUUAUGAAAAUGAAGUUUAACUCACUUCCAAUCAGAUCACCUUAUGGUAUUAAAUGUCCAGAAUUAGAGAAAAUGGGUCGUAACAUUAAGAGGCAACCUCCUUUUAGACGACCACAGCCACAAUCUUUUAAUCCCAUUAAUGAAGUGCAAUCUACUAUACCCUCUAGUGGCCCCUAUAAUUAUAAUCCACCAGACCAACCUUUAGAUUAUAGUAACUUUGCUAAUAGUUACCGACUACAAUCGUCCACAGAAGGUCCAUAUAGAUAUAAUAUACCUACACAACCUUUUGAUCAAACUUUAAAUCAAAAUAAUUAUGCAACAACCCCGAGAGACUCCUACGAAUAUAACCAACAUGAUGGCAAUUUUUAUAGUCCAGAUGAUUAUUCAGUAUUACAUCAAAACGAUCAUUUUGCUACCUACGAACCUUACACAGAACCUUCGCUUCAGGAUGAAUACGGAAAAGAUAUUUAUAAUCACCAUUCCUCAUCACCAAAUCCAAAUUAUAAUUCUUACAACUACGAUCCACCACAACAGUCAUAUGAUCCUUACAAUGAGAGUCUCAUUCCUUAUGAAACUGGAACGGAACCAAAUAGUGUUGUUAUCGAUCCACUUACGCCAAAACCAGUUAUAAACUCUUUAUCACCAGAGCUUCCCUCUCCUAAUGAAACGGCUGAACAAGAUGGAAGUAGUAUUAACUCAUGCUCCUGCAAUAUUAAUGAUGAUGUUUUGGAAUCUCUAAAGACAAAGUUACUGAAUCAGAUAAAAAAGGAGUUUCCAACAUUAAAAGUUAAUGAAAUUUCUGAUACCAGAACAGAAAAUAACCCAGAUGCAGUGAAAUCUGAGCUGGAAAUUAAGGAAAUCAAGAUGGGUAAACCAAGUUCACCAAAAGAGAUAGACGUUAGCGCAUUAAAAAUGAAUAUUACGGAUGAAAUUUUAGAAUAUGUUGAACGAUACAUUGACACUAAAUUAACUUUUGAGUUUCCUACGAAUGAUGACGUUCAUGAAACCAUACCCACUAAGACCAGAUCAAAAGAAGCGUAUCCAUCGCUCAUAGAAAGAAAUGGUUCAGUGGACAGAAUGCCUAAAAACCUUAGCAACACAAUCAUGAAAAAUGACAACUUUCAAAAUAAAAACACUGAUCCCGGAACCGAUCCUAUUCUAGACAGCCAGACAAAUCCAACUAUACGGGGAAAUAUCAGAAAGGGUCCACAAAAAGGAAAGAGUCCCAAGAAACCCAAAUUGCAAAAACCAGAAAACCCUAAAGCAGAUUCCGAUAUGAAAGAUGAUCCAGAUAAACCAGAAGAUGAACCUGAAGAUUCUGAUGAUAUCCCUGAAGAAAUGUCAAAAGAUUUUCCUAAAGGAAAGGACCCCAAAAAACCUAAAGUAAAAUCACCUAAAGAUAAGAAACCCAAAAGCCCUGAAGAAGAUUCUGAUAUGAAACAUGAUUCAGAUAAACCAGAAGAUGAACCUGAAGAUUCUGAUGAUAUGCCUGAAGAAAUGCCAAAAGGUUCUCCUAAAGGAAAGGGUCCAAAAAAACCUAAAGUAAAAUCACCUAAAGAUAAGAAACCAGACAGCCAUGAAGAAGAUUCUGAUUUGGAAGAUGAUCCAGAUAAACCAGAAAAUGGACCUGAAAAUUCUGAUGAUAUGCCUGAAGAAAUGUCAAAAGAUUCCCCAAAAGGAAAGGGCCCCAAAAAACCUAAAGUAAAAACACCUAAAGAUAAGAAACCCGACAGCCCUGCUGGAAAUUCUGAUAUGAAAGAUGAUGCAGAUAAACCAGAAGACGAACCUGAAGAUUCUGAUGAUAUGCCCUCAGAAAAGCCAAAAGAUUCUCCAAAAGGAAAGGGCCCCAAAAAACCGAAAGUAAAAUCACCUAAAGAUAAGAAACCAGACAGCCCCGAUGAAAAUUCUGAUAUGAAAGAUGAUGCAGAUAAACCAGAAGACGAACCUGAAGACUCUGAUGAUAUGCCCUCAGAAAUACCAAAAGAUUCUCCAAAAGGAAAGGGCCCCAAAAAACCGAAAGUAAAAUCACCUAAAGACGAAAAACCAGACAGUUCGGAUGAAGAUUCUGAUAUGAAAGAUGAUCCAGAUAAACCACAAGAUGAACCUGAAGAUUCUGAUGAUAUGCCCUCAGAAAUGCCAAAAAAUUCCCCAAAAGGAAAGGCCGCCAAAAACCCGAAAGUAAAAUCACCUAAAGAUAAGAAACCAGACAGCUCCGAUGAAGACUCUGAUAUGAAAGAUGAUCCAGAUAAUCCAGAAGAUGAACCUGAAAAUCCUGAUAUGCCUGAGGAAAUGCCAAAAGAUUCCCCAAAAAGAAAGGACCCUAAAAAUCCCAAACCAAAAUCACCUACAGACGAAAAACCAGACAGUUCGGACGAAGAUUCUGAUAUGAAUGAUGAUCUAGAUAAACCAGAAGAUGAACCUGAAAAUUCUGACGAUAUGCCUCAUGAGAUGCCAAAAGAUUCCCCAAAAGGAAAGGGCCCCAAAAAACCCAAACAAAAAUCACCUAAAGACGAAAAACCAGACAGCCCUGAUGAAGAUUCUGAUAUGAAAGAUGAUCCAGAGAAACCAGAAGAUGAACCUGAAGAUUCUGAUGAUAUGCCUGAUGAAAUGCCAAAGGAUUCCCCAAAAGGAAAAGGCCCCAAAAAACCGAAAGUAAAAUCACCUAAAGAUAAGAAACCAGACAGCCCCGAUGAAGAUUCUGAUAUGAAAGAUGAUCCAGAUAAACCAGAAGAUGAACCUGAAAAUCCUGAUGAUAUGCCUGAUGAAAUGGUAAGAGAUUCCCCAAAAGGAAAGGACCCUAAAAACCCCAAACCAAAAUCACCUACAGACGAAAAACCAGACAGUUCGGACGAAGAUUCUGAUAUGAAAGAUGAUCCAGAUAAACCAGAAGAGGAACCUGAAGAUGCUGAUGAUAUGCCUGAAGAAAUGCCAAAAGAUUCUCCAAAAGGAAAGGGCCCCAAAAAACCCAAAGUAAAAUCUCCUAAAGAUAAGAAACCCGACAGCCCUGAAGAAGAUUCUGAUAUGAAAGAUGAUCCAGAUAAACCAGAAGAGGAACCUGAAGAUGCUGAUGAUAUGCCUGAAGAAAUGCCAAAAGAUUCUCCAAAAGGAAAGGGCCCCAAAAAACCCAAAGUAAAAUCACCCAAAGAUAAGAAACCAGACAGCCCUGCUAAAGAUUCUGAUAUGAAAGAUGAUCCGGAUAAACCAGAAGAUGAACCUGAAAAUGCUGAUGAUAUGCCUGAUGAAAUGCCAAAAGAUUCUCCAAAAGGAAAGGGCCCCAAAAAACCCAAAGUAAAAUCUCCUAAAGAUAAGAAACCCGACAGCCCUGAAGAAGAUUCUGAUAUGAAAGAUGAUCCAGAUAAACCAGAAGAGGAACCUGAAGAUGCUGAUGAUAUGCCUGAAGAAAUGCCAAAAGAUUCUCCAAAAGGAAAGGGCCCCAAAAAACCCAAAGUAAAAUCACCCAAAGAUAAGAAACCAGACAGCCCUGCUGAAGAUUCUGAUAUGAAAGAUGAUCCAGAUAAACCAGAAGAUGAACCUGAAAAUGCUGAUGAUAUGCCUGAUGAAAUGCCAAAAGAUUCCCCAAAAGGAAAGGGUCCCAAAAAACCCAAAGUAAAAUCACCUAAAGCUAAGAAACCAGAUAACCCUGAUGAAGAUUCUGAUAUGAAAGAUGAUCCAGAUAAACCAGAAGAGGAACCUGAAGAUUCUGAUGAUAUGCCUGAAGAAACGCCAAAAGAUUCCCCAAAAGGAAAGGCCCCCAAAAAACCCAAAGUAAAAUCUCCUAAAGAUAAGAAACCCGACAGCCCUGAAGAAGAUUCUGAUAUGAAAGAUGAUCCACAUAAACCAGAAGAGGAACCUGAAGAUGCUGAUGAUAUGCCUGAAGAAAUGCCAAAAGAUUCUCCAAAAGGAAAGGGCCCCAAAAAACCCAAAGUAAAAUCACCCAAAGAUAAGAAACCAGACAGCCCUGCUGAAGAAUCUGAUAUGAAAGAUGAUCCAGAUAAACCAGAAGAUGAACCUAAAGAUUCUGAUGAUAUGCCUGAUGAAAUGCCAAAAGAUUCCCCAAAAGGAAAGGCCGCCAAAAAACCGAAAGUAAAAUCACCUAAAGAUAAGAAACCAGACAGCCCCGAUGAAGAUUCUGAUAUGAAAGAUGAUCCAGAUAGACCAGAAGAUGAACCUGAAAAUUCUGAUGAUAUGCCUGAUGAAAUGCCAAAAGAUUCCCCGAAGGGAAAGGACUCUAAAAACCCCAAACAAAAAUCACCUACAGACGAAAAACCAGACAGCUCGGACGAAGAUUCCGAUAUGAAAGAUGAUCCAGAUAAACCUGAAAAUUCUGAUGAUAUGCCUGAUGAAAUGCCAAAAGAUUCCCCAAAAGGAAAGGCCGCCAAAAAACCCAAAGUAAAAUCACCCAAAGAUAAGAAACCAGACAGCCCUGCUGAAGAUUCUGAUAUGAAAGAUGAUCCAGAUAAACCAGAAGAUGAACCUGAAAAUGCUGAUGAUAUGCCUGAUGAAAUGCCAAAAGAUUCCCCAAAAGGAAAGGGUCCCAAAAAACCCAAAGUAAAAUCACCUAAAGCUAAGAAACCAGAUAACCUUGAUGAAGAUUCUGAUAUGAAAGAUGAUCCAGAUAAACCAGAAGAGGAACCUGAAGAUUCUGAUGAUAUGCCUGAAGAAACGCCAAAAGAUUCCCCAAAAGGAAAGGGCCCCAAAAAACCGAAAGUAAAAUCACCUAAAGAUAAGAAACCAGACAGCCCCGAUGAAGAUUCUGAUAUGAAAGAUGAUCCGGAUAAACCAGAAGAUGAACCUGAAAAUUCUGACGAUAUGCCUCAUGAGAUGCCAAAAGAUUCCCCAAAAGGAAAGGGCCCCAAAAAACCCAAACAAAAAUCACCUAAAGACGAAAAACCAGACAGCCCUGAAGAAGAUUCUGAUAUGAAAGAUGAUCCACAUAAACCAGAAGAGGAACCUGAAGAUGCUGAUGAUAUGCCUGAAGAAAUGCCAAAAGAUUCUCCAAAAGGAAAGGGCCCCAAAAAACCCAAAGUAAAAUCACCCAAAGAUAAGAAACCAGACAGCCCUGCUGAAGAAUCUGAUAUGAAAGAUGAUCCAGAUAAACCAGAAGAUGAACCUAAAGAUUCUGAUGAUAUGCCUGAUGAAAUGCCAAAAGAUUCCUCAAAAGGAAAGGCCGCCAAAAAACCCAAAGUAAAAUCACCCAAAGAUAAGAAACCAGACAGCCCUGCUGAAGAUUCUGAUAUGAAAGAUGAUCCAGAUAAACCAGAAGAUGAACCUGAAAAUGCUGAUGAUAUGCCUGAUGAAAUGCCAAAAGAUUCCCCAAAAGGAAAGGGUCCCAAAAAACCCAAAGUAAAAUCACCUAAAGCUAAGAAACCAGAUAACCUUGAUGAAGAUUCUGAUAUGAAAGAUGAUCCAGAUAAACCAGAAGAGGAACCUGAAGAUUCUGAUGAUAUGCCUGAAGAAACGCCAAAAGAUUCCCCAAAAGGAAAGGGCCCCAAAAAACCGAAAGUAAAAUCACCUAAAGAUAAGAAACCAGACAGCCCCGAUGAAGAUUCUGAUAUGAAAGAUGAUCCGGAUAAACCAGAAGAUGAACUUGAAGAUUCUGAUGACAUGCCUGAUGAAAUGCCAAAAGAUUCCCCAAAAGGAAAGGCCACCAAAAAACCGAAAGUAAAAUCACCUAAAGAUAAGAAACCAGAUAGCCCAGAUGAAGAUUCUGAUAUGAAAGAUGAUCCAGAUAAACUAAAAGAUGAACCUGAAAAUUCUGAUGAUAUGCCUGAUGAAAUAUAA